AUGCACCGGUUGCUAACCUAUAGUUUAGCACAGUCAUCGGUUUCGGCUGUAGAUGUGGACGAAGGCGUCAAUAGCAUCAUAAAGUAUCGUUUUAGCUCACUGACCAAAACGGAAUACAUUCGUUUGUUUACUGUGGACAGUGUAACGGGAUGGAUACAUGUCAAAUGGACAAUCGAUUACGAAGUACAUAAGAAGGUUCAUUUAACUAUCGAAGCUGCUGACGAAGGUCAUCCGUCGCGCGUAUCCACGUGUGUGGUUGAAAUUCUUGUGUUGGACGAAAACGACCAUGCGCCGGAAAUAAAAUUUGAGCCAGCAUAUCUGACGAACUAUGCACUGGUGCCAGAAAACGAAAAACCGGGUCGAGCGGUUGCAGUGUUUUCUGUGUCGGAUCAAGAUUCCGGGGUGAAUGGCAAUGUAACCUGUAAAUUGAUCGGAUCACCGGAGCCUUUUUCAAACACCAAAAGGAAACAAGGAGAUGAGUCCUCGGAAGAUAUUUCUACCAGUUUAUUCAAACUUGAAUCCAUGAACGUUCCAUUCUCUUUGAUGUAA